CAUGUUACGCGUCGUUCUCUUGUCGUUCGUGCCUGCCAAGAUCGGGCUUUAUCUAUCUGCUGCCCUCCUGCUUCUCUCCUCAUUCACAGCCUUACAAAAUCAAGCCGUUGAAGUUGAUCGUAGCCGUUACCACCGUUGAACCUCUAGUAAUACGCCCACGAACAGAAAUAUGCAGGCGGCACACCACGCGCUGAUCGAUCCUCUGAUCGAGCCACAGCCGAGCGAAGAGACCGGACUAAACUCACACUUCCGUUCGUCUUUUGCGCCGAUACACGAUGGCCCCAUCACUCCACCCGGAUCUGCCGGACUACCCAAGGACGGAUCGGUGAAGAUGAACCCGCUGGGAAGCAACCCUUACGUCCCGUCCCACCACACCGGCAGCUCGGUCGGAACCAACCCUUUCAUCUCCUCUCAACACACCGGCAGCUCGGCCAACACCAACCCGUACCGCCGAUCGAGGGCGUCGUCUGAGGCCAAGGCUCCCUCUGCUACAGUGUCGCAGAUUGGCCAGACCACGCCAAGAUCGAGCAGGUAUGAGUACCCGUCCCCUCCGCAGUCUGCAAGCCCCCGCAAGCAGCACUUCCCCGACCACCGUGCGACCGCCUUCGGGUCCAUGAACGAGAGCCGACCGCGCCGAUCCAGCCAGCCAUCAUCGUCCUGGCCACAGUCGCACCACGUAUCCGGACGCAGCCGCGGAGGGUCCCUGAACCACGGAGAGAGCUCUCCCCUAGACACGAUCCGCAAAGAGACCAAGACUGCGCACCGUGCUCACCAUCUUAGGAAAAAGAACUUCCAGGGCGCGGAUAUCAUCGACCGGCUCGACAAGUCUGGCGUGUCGCGCUACCACCACGAGGGUCCGUACGAUGCCGCCAGCCUCGCGCGCAACCGGGACAAGAAGUUCAGCCCCGUCGCCGCCGUGCAGGAGUCGAACGAGGAAGCACUGAGAGCCACGCCGCGAGAGAACAUCAAGGAUGCCCUCGAGAGGCACCGUCCGCUAGAGGGCGUCGCAACUGUCCCCCCGGGCAUGACUGACAGGUUCGGCCGUGUCUACAACUACGAGGAAGGCACCGACAUGCAGCGCGACCCCCUCAACCACGGCGACUACAAGCGCAUCCCCGGCGUGGUAUACCACCCCGACGACCUCAAAGGCAAAGGCGAGCCCUCGUACACCAUCGAGAAACAGCUCAAAGACCACAAGCGGCUCGGCGCCCGCGGCACCGAAAUGACGCCCCGCCGCCACAGCAAGAGCGUCGGCCACCUCGACGCCCCCGGCGCCAUGCCCGCGGAGAACCCCUUUGAGGCCGGCGCGUCGUCGGGUGUCGGGCGCAGCAACUCGGGUCUUGGUAGUGCGCUGAAGAAGCGCUUUGGCAGUAUUCGCCGCCGCAAGAACGAUGUCGAUGCGUAGGAGGUGUUGAUGCGGAAGGCGGUUGAUUCGGAGUAUUAGCGUGUUGUAGGAUAGUUUGCGUGAGGGGGGAGUUGGCGGGUUUUU